AUGGCAAAUAAUUGUGUUACGUGUGGACGUAUUAGAGAUCGUAAUAUGAAUUCAACCAAUUGGAAGAGACACACUAAUGCUUGUGCAUUAAAAAACAUUACUAACAAAAGGAAAAAAAAAUUAAACGAAGUACAACUGCAGUCAAACUCAAUUCAUAAUUUUUUUAAUAAAAGGAUAAAAAUCCAAGCCACUAACGUAUCUGGUAAUUCAAAUUCAUUGGACCACAGUAUUGCAUAUUAUGAGUUGAAUAUCGAUUGUAGUAUGAAUUUAAACAAUGAUUUAGUUAAUUCUAUUAAUCCAGAAGUAUCUGGUAAUUCAAAUUCAUUGGACCACAGUAUUGCAGAUGAGAAACAUGAGUUGAAUAUUGAUUGUAGUAUGAAUUUAAACAAUGAUUUAGUUAAUUCUAUUAAUCCAGAAGUAUCUGGUAAUUCAAAUUCAUUGGACCACAGUAUUGCAGAUGAGAAACAUGAGUUGAAUAUUGAUUGUAGUAUGAAUUUGAACAAUGAUUUAGUUAAUUCUAUUAAUCCAGAAGUAUCUGGUAAUUCAAAUUCAUUGGACCACAGUAUUGCAGAUGAGAAACAUGAGUUGAAUAUUGAUUGUAGUAUGAAUUUGAACAAUGAUUUUGUAACAUCUACUAAUUCAGAAGAGAUACCCAUCAUAGAAACAACUAAAUUUGACAAUGAUCCUGCUUAUAUCCCUAGUUCUAUAUCUGCUGAACUAUUGAGUUACUUCGCCAACCUUGGCCCUUGCCAGCCAACACCAAAUGAUUUACCCCAACAUUAA